AUGAAUGACACCCAGAUGUCAGAGUUUAUACUCCUAGGAUUUUCAGAAGAUCCCAGAACGCAGCUCAUCCUCUUUGGGCUCUUCCUGUCCAUGUACCUGGUCACUGUGCUCGGAAAUCUGCUCAUCAUCCUGGCGGUCAGCUCUGACCCCCACCUCCACACGCCCAUGUACUUCUUCCUCUCCGUCCUCUCCUUGGAUGACGUCUGCUUCACCUCCACCACCAUCCCCAAGAUGCUGCUCAACCUCCACACGCACAGCCGGGCCAUCAGCUACGCGGGCUGCGUGGCCCAGAUGUCUUUCUUCUUGAUUUUUGCAGGGCUGGACAACUUCCUGCUGGCGGUGAUGGCCUACGACCGCUUCGUGGCCAUCUGUCACCCGCUGCGCUACGCGGCCAUCAUGAGCCCCCGGCUCUGUGUGCUGCUGGUGCUGGGGUCUCUGAUGGUGAAUGUUCUGUAUUCCACCAUGCAAAGCGCCAUGGUGCUGCGGCUGAACUUCUGUGCCCACUGUGAAAUCCCCCACUUUUUCUGCGAGCUGAACCAGGUGGUCCACAGCGCCUGCUCCGACACCUUUCUCGAUGACGUGCUGAUCUAUCUGGCAGCUUUCUUGCUGGGUGGCAUUACUUUCACCGGCAUCCUGUAUUCUUACUCCAAGAUCGUCUCCUCCGUCCGGGCCAUGUCCUCCGCUCAGGGGAGGUACAAGGCCUUCUCCACCUGUGCAUCUCACCUGUCCGUGCUCUCCCUGUUUUACGGGACAGUCCUGGGUGUGUACCUCAGCUCUGCUGUCACCCGAAACUCACACUCCACCGCAAGAGCCUCGGUGAUGUACACGGUGGUCACGCCCAUGCUGAACCCCUUCAUCUACAGCCUCAGGAACCAAGACCUCAAGAGGGCUCUGGAAAGGCUUUUUGAGAAAGAGCUAAGAAAAGUGCCCGUCCUCCUGAGGUGA